AAAAAAAAAAAGAGAGAGAGAGAGAGAAAGAAGAAGCCAAGAGAAACCCUGACAAGAUGCCACAUUCUAGCAGCUCCACGUCCUCGUCUAAGAGCAUCCGCAGAGCAGCAUCCGAGCUCGAAAGGUCGGACUCCAUCACGUCACAACGCUUCCCGGGAAGAAGGCAGAGCUUGAUCGAUGACGCACGGAAGGAACGCGAAGCUGCCGCCGCUGCAGCCGAGUCGGCUGAGGCCAGCGAGCAAAUCGUGUUCGAAGAGGACGACGGAAGAGCCCUCGUCAACCUUUUUUUCACUUUAGCCAGCAACAAGACGCCUGUGCUCUCAAGGACUCUCAAAGUCUUCGAGACUUUUGAAGCGAAGAUCCAUCAUCUGGAAACACGGCCGUGCCGAAAGCCCAAAGACUGCCUGCACAGCCUAGAAUAUUUUGUCCGCUGUGAGGUACACCUCUCGGACGUCAGUACUCUCAUCAGCUCCAUUAAAAGAAAUGCAGAAGACGUCAGGACCACCAAGGAAGUCAAAUUUCACUGGUUUCCAAAGAAAAUAGCAGACUUGGACAAAUGCCACCAUUUGGUCACCAAAUUUGAUCCAGACUUUGAUCAUGAUCAUCCUGGCUUCACAGACCCAGUCUACAGACAGAGAAGGAAAAUGAUUGGCGACAUUGCCUUUGGAUACAGACAUGGACAGCCGAUUCCCAGAGUGGAAUAUACAGACGAGGAAAUUGGCACGUGGAGGGAAGUCUACACAACACUGAGGGACUUGUACUCCACCCAUGCCUGCACUGAGUACCUUGAGUCCUUCCAUCACCUUGAAAGGCAUUGUGGGUACAGUCCAAACAACAUUCCUCAGCUGGAAGAUGUGUCUCGCUUCCUUAAAGAACGCACCGGGUUCCUGUUGCGCCCAGUGGCAGGUCUCCUCUCAGCUAGAGAUUUCCUGGCCAGUUUGGCAUUCCGCGUGUUUCAGUGCACCCAGUACAUCCGUCAUGGUUCCGCUCCAAUGCAUUCCCCAGAGCCUGACUGUGUCCAUGAGCUUUUAGGCCACGUCCCUAUGCUGGCAGACCGCACUUUUGCACAGUUUUCCCAGAAUCUUGGCCUGGCAUCACUUGGUGCUUCUGAUGAAGAUAUUGAGAAACUAUCCACACUCUACUGGUUCACUGUGGAGUAUGGCUUGUGCAAACAAAAUGGUGAAGUGAGGGCCUAUGGUGCAGGAUUACUUUCUUCUUAUGGAGAACUUGUGCAUUCUCUCUCCGAUGAACCCGAGAUAAGGGAGUUUGAUCCAGAAUCUGCCGCAAUCCAGCCCUACCAAGACCAGACUUACCAGCCCGUCUACUUCAUUUCGGAAAGUUUUUCGGAUGCAAAGGAGAAAUUCAGGUCAUAUGUUGCUGGUAUACACCGUCCCUUCUCAGUGAAGUUUGAUCCAUACACCAGUAGCAUAGAGGUCCUGGACAACCCCUUGAAGAUCCAGGGAGGCCUUGAAGGAGUGAAAGAUGAACUGAAGAUGCUGACAGAUGCUCUCAGUGUUUUGUCUUGAAAAUUCACUGUUUAACUGAUUGUCCUCCUACACCAUCUUGCUGUUGUUUGCUUCCUCGCUUGUCUUUGCUGUGCUCUGCAAAACUCGAAGUGGGACGUCCACUCCACUUUCAUGCGGAUCAGAAUGAAUUGUCAUCCUCUCGUAACUGGCUAAAAAGACUAAAAAGAAACCAUUUGAACCUCAAUGUCAAUAUUUAAGAAGAUGUUUCCAAAGAUGUUCAUUGCUCCUCUGGGGGUAGAGGCUAUCGUGGCCAUACUGUCUGUUUAAAAACAACAACAACAACAAAAAAACAAAGAAACAGUGUCGUGUUAAAAAUAAAAGGAUAUGCAAGCCAAAAAUCAAAUGUAUGUAUAUAAAAGAAGAGUAUGUUUUGAUUAUUUUAUAAUCAAAAGCAGAAACAUACGUAUCAAAUUGGGUAACUUGAGACUGCAUAUAUUAAAAUCAUAUAAAAUUGUAUCAUCUGUCUGCUAUAUCAAAAAUGCUGUAUGUGAAUUAAGUACUUUUGGUAUUAUUAAU